CUGGAAGCUGCACAUUGUGGUUUAUUUUUCAGUAGACAAUAUUUCUGCAGCAUGAACAGACAGCGCUCCUUUAUGAGAAGCGUAGCCCUGCUGACUUCCCAGAAAGGCCUCCCAGUCCUCUCAUCCAUCACCUCUGAAUGCCUUGCAAUCUCUCUCUGCACAAACCUCAUUCUGAAAAAAAGCUGGCGUGCCCCUUGAGCAGCUCUCUCCCUGCACGUCCAGACUUGUGGGUGCAGUUCACGUCCUGGGCCUUCGACUGAAGACUUUUGCCAUAGCAGCACCGAGAGCCGAGAGAGCGCGCCCCAGCUCUGCCUCCCUCCUGGUCUGUCUUCUUCAGCCGUCCCUUGCAGUGGAUGAUGAUUGUCUUCCGUUAUCAAGCUGUUUUCAUGGAAGAUGCCCAUGCAAGAUUUCUGUUAUCGUGGAGAAGCUGCUGCACACCAGCGUCAAUACGGCUUUUCACGAAGUAGGACCUUGUUCCAAUGGCAAGGAGACCAAGACAACCGGGGAUCUCGUUCCAUGGCAGUCUUCCUCCGCCUUCAAGCCAUUGAGAGCCUUACGUCUUCUUCCGCCCGCUCCGCUGUUGAAGACUUGUAGACCCAUGGCUCUGGGCUUGGCAGGAUUAUUACAGUGGCGACCUGUUCCUGCCUUGUCACAGCACCGUCAAAAGAUACAGGUGGCUUUUCAGGAGGAAAAGCAUUGUCAUGUGGUAUCCUCACCACAUCCUGGCAGUGCUGCUGCUGCUCGGUCCAUGACUGCUCGUUCCUCAGAGUAACCCCAGCUUAUUCCUCAGCGAACCUCCCUGGAGCUGAGUCCAUUAUCUGCCCCCUGGGGCCAUGCUGGGCAGCAGCACAGCUCUGUGCCCUACUCCCAAGGAGUACAGUGCUUUUGACUGAGACCCCCUCUUCACUGGAUCUCCAGUUCUACCCAACUGUGUUACAAGGAUGGACACGCUACCUUUCAUCCCAUUGAUGCAGGACCACAAGCGGAGGGGAGGCCAGGUUGCGCUGUUCGAGUACUGCUAUGGCAAAAAAAAGAAAAUCCCUGGUGCCAAGCGCAGAGAGUGAGAUGCACCCGUCAGUCAGCAAUGUGAAUGUAGGCAAUGCAUCUUGUAGAGCUCCAGUUCCUAGUAAUUCAUUCCCUGUUCCCACAAGAAUGGUUUGAUCUCCCCAGGUUCGAUACAGGAUGACCAUGAAUAGAAGGAGUGAAAACUAAUGCAAGAAUGACCAUUUGCUUGCUGUGGCUUACCAGUAUCAUGUCGGUUUACAGAGAAGGGGAAUAGAAUUGGCAAUAGCAGAGCAGGUGUCUUGUGCUGAGUCCAAAUUCAGGAUUCUUGCACACUUGUUUUCUCCACAGCCUUGAGCAUUGUGCAGUCCCCCCUGCCCCAUCCUGCAGCCAAGUCUCUACAGAACUGCAGCAAUAUUGAACAAUUUCGGGAAAAAAACCUGCCCAUAACGCUCCAUGAUAGAAAGAUAAGAAGCUUCACGCUGGGCUGCUAAAGGGUUAGCAAGGCACACAGAAAACGGGCCUGGGAGAGGAGUUGUGGGAGUGACUUGGCAGCUGUUCAUGAUAGGAUAUACUAUAGAUCCCACACAGCUCUUCAGAUGCUCUGUGAACUUUUUCUUUCAGGGAUAUUUUGUGUGGAAGAGUGCAGUGUGUUAAUGUUAAAAGCAUACCAGUAAAGGCAGAUGAGGAGACUACAGUCCAGACUCCCAUUAAUAAUACCAUUUGUUGGGGUAUAGACUUCCAUGUCGGGCCAGAUGUUCCUGAUGUGGGAUCGGUGAAAGACGGCACCUUGUGUGAUAAAGACCAGAUGUGUAUAAACAGAACCUGUGUCAGCACAAAUAUUCUGGAGUAUCACUGCCGUGAUGAGAAAUGCAACGGCCAAGGGAUUUGCAACAGCAAUGGAAACUGCCACUGCGACUUUGGAUGGGCCCCCCCAUACUGUACAGAGAAAGGAUCUGGAGGAAGCCUUGACAGUGGACCUCCUCCAUCUACCUCUACUACAUCCUCCAAUACCUUUUUAAUAGGGAUAAUCAUAGGAAGCGUGAUUCUCCUUCUGCUUAUCACCAUUGCAGUGUGUAGUAUUGCCUGUCGCUUUCGAAGGUCUGGUCAGAAAUCACAGACAAGCAAGAAAAAAAACGAUUCUUCUGCUAGUGUAGGCAAGGGCAGUCGAAAGUAAUCAGGAGCAAUUGCGUCUUUGUGCACCAAAAAGGGAUCCUUGAAAAAGGUCAGAAGAGCAUUUUGCCAACUGCUGAGAUAGCGUUUCAUAAUUUCCAGCUCCGUGGGAUUCAUCAAAAGCCUUCUUAUAUCCUCAACCCUGUCAGCGUCUGUCUAUUUUUGUUCACCGGUUAAAAUCUUGUUUUUGCUUAAAUAAA